UCCGUUGCUUCCCCACCAGCACCCGAAUCACAAUCCGACUUUGACCAUUCUCCUUCUCUCCUUGACAUUACAUUUCCUUCAUAACUCCCAUAAUCCUAUAAUUGAUCUCUUCGUCGGCUCCGCAUGCUCAAAUGGUCUUCCCUCACAGCCGAGAAGAAGAGCCUCCUUCGUUUAGGCGCUUCCUUCUUCCUCUUCGGACUCAUAAAUAAUGUACUCUACGUUAUAAUCCUCUCGGCUGCGCUCGACCUCGUCCCUCCUUCGACACCGAAGGGUAUCAUCGCAUUCUGCAAUAUCGCCCCGGCUCUCGCAGCAAAGAUUGGGUGGCCGUACUUGCUCAAGGGGAAGAUCCAGUAUGCACGGAGAGUCAUAGGAUGCUGUUUGCUCAGCUUUGUAGGGAUGUUGGUCGUCGCUCUAUAUGAAAGCCUAUAUGCCAGACUUUUGGGCAUCUGUCUCGCAUCAUUCUCGUCAGGACUUGGCGAGCUCACCUUUCUGCAACUCUCCACGACAUAUAGCCCACCAUCUGUUGGCGGACACAGCGUAGGAUACUUCGCUUCCGGAACAGGCGGCGCAGGACUUGUCGGUGCUUUCCUUUGGUGGGAGGUUAGAGGCUGGGGUGUACGCACCGGUGUUGGCAUUUCGUCGGUACUCCCUUUCAUUUUGCCUCUCACCUACUACCUUCUCCUUCCUCGCCCUGCAACAUUCCUACAUCCAGGAAUGUCUCGCACAUACUCUACCGCAACUGUCCCAGAGGCCAUCGAGGAAGAAGGAGAUGGCGUUGAAACAUCAAGAUUACUUGGUACCGAACCCUCGGGCGCAGCUACUUCUCGCUUGGAGAAAUCUGUCAGUUUGUCUGCCACCGACAAGUGGAGGCUCGUGAAGCCGAUGCUAAUGAAGUAUAUGCUGCCGUUGUUCUGCGUCUAUACCUUCGAAUAUACCAUUAACCAAGGAGUCGCACCAACCCUUCUCUACCCCGUGCCUGAUCCUAGUCGGUAUUGGCUACUCAGCAAGAUCAUCCAUUCCGUCCGGGACUAUUACCCCCUCUGGCAGCUCGUAUACCAGGCGUCUGUAUUCCUCUCGCGCUCUUCAAUUUCUUUUGGACUUCCACCCAUCCCAGAGCGCCUCCUUCCAGCACCAGCGUUUGUCCAACUCGGUAUCCUUUUCGUGCUCGUCAUUGAGUCUGCGCUCGGCAUAUUCUCAGAGGACCGUGAAGGUCGCUCUUUUGCGCUUGUUUUCCUGCUUAUUGGAAUAGAAGGUAUCUGCGGCGGACUCGCAUACGUGAACGUGUUCUACCGGAUCAAUCAAGAGGAACCUGAUCGGUCUACGGUUCACAACCUCGAGCAGGCCAAGCAAGAGCGUGAGUUCAGGAUCGGGUCAAUUGGAUUCGCUGACAGCUCAGGCAUCCUGCUCGCCUCCCUGCUCGCCGUCCCAACCGAGCUUGAACUUUGCAAGACCCAGGUCUCGCGGGGCAAGACGCUCUGCAAGGGCCUAUAGCCCUUCCAGCGACUCAGCCUUUCCCUCUCAUCCUCUCUCUUUGUGUCUGGGCUUUGCACUACUCCUCGUGUCGUAGGCUUCCUGAGAGACACCACGGCUACGAUAAUUCAUCAAUUAUUUGUUCGGUCUUAAUAAUGCUGCUCCCGCCCGGAUCACACCUGCUUCCCCC